GAGUGAGUCCAUCCAUCCAUCGUCAACCGCUUAUCCUGCGUACAGGGUCGCAGGGGGCUGGAGCCAAUCCCAGCUGACAUCGGGCGAAAGGCGGGCACACCCUGGACAGGUCGCCAGUUGGUUUGAGUGAGUAGGCUACAUAUUACAUUUAGUCAAGAUGGACAGCAGUGUAACAAGUGAACAGAGCAAUAACUCCAGACAACAGAUAAGCAAUAUGACACAACAGGAGAAGUGUUACGACCCUCGAGACAGAACACUUACAUUUGUCAAUGGAGAGGAUGACUUAGACUUUUUGUGCGAUGACUUCAAGUCUCUCAGAGCAAAGAUGUCCUGUGGUCAUGCUGUCACUCCGAUGUCUCUCACCAACUGGUGUCGCAGGUUGCUGGAUAAGGGUGAGUACAGAUUUGUGUGUGGCAAACCUGACUGUGAUAUUGAGUGGCCAUAUGAGGAGGUUUGUAAAAUGGCUCUUCUAACCAAAGAAGAAAUGAAGUACUUUGAAAAGAAAAUGUUCCGUAACACUGCCAAGGAUUACUUGAAUGUCAAAUUUUGUCCUGGCUGCAAGUCUUGUGUGGUGAGGGCUGAUCUCAGUGAUCUGGGUGUCGAGUGCACAAAGUGCACAGCUGCCAAAAGAAGACCUUUCAGAUUCUGCUGGCAGUGUUUGAGGGAAUGGAAAGGUCCGGCUCCACGUUCAGACCGCUGUGAAAAUGAUGGCUGCGUCAAUGAGCCACUAGAAACACUGAGAAACUGUCCAGAUAUCGUCUUUGAGUCUGUGAAGGGCGUCACUGGCUGUCCCUGCAUCCGUGCCUGUCCCACCUGUGGUUUUCUGGUGGAGCAUAACAGAACUCAGUGUAAAACCAUCGUCUGUUCUCGCUGUAAGGUGAAGUUCUGCUUUGUUUGUCUGCAGUUCACUGAAGAGUGCCUGAAGCGCAACGCAUACAAACUUUGCCCCACUGGUGUUGCACCGAGACAGACCUCGAUACCUGUGUGGCAGAAAAAGUUAUUUUAUAAUGUCAAUCAUCAUAACUGAUGUUACUCAGCCAGGAUCUCAACCCCACACCAACUUUUAGUAGUAGUUAUAAAGCUUUAGAGCUCUUUUGUACCAUCUUUCCAUAAUUGGAACAUUUUACAUAGACAACUAAGUUUAUUCUGUUUUUCACUUUGCUGGAUUUUAUUUAGCUUCUUUAAUGUUAUCACAAUGUUUCAGUGUGUCAUCAUUCUGAUCUCCAUAAUAUCUUUAUUCAGUCUGUUCAUUUCACAUAUUAUUGUUUAUUUUUAAGUUAUGCUCCUUUGUUUAUUCUCCUAAAACAAGACCUUUUUAAAGCAUAAUGUACUUAAUACUAACAAGGAAAGCACAGCCUGACUUGUGAUUGAAGCAGGAAACUAACAUUGUCUAAAGGAGCAAUGUCAGUGUGCAGACACUACCUUUCGUCAGGGCACAAAACCAAGCUCAGGUAUCUUUGUACUGUAGAGUUAAAAAGACAGCUAAUAGAAAAAAAUUAUAAUAUGAAUAAAUGUCAAAUAUGUUUAUCAAAAGUGCUGUGAGUAGUUUUGUCUAACUUAUAAAUAUCAUUGGCACAUUAAUUUGUAUAUAUUGAACCUUGUUAUUCUUAGAAAUUGUUGAUGUGUGACAAACACACAUAGCAAUAACAUCUUUUUUACUAUUGGCCCCACUCACAAAAGUGACUAUAGUGAUCUAUCCCUCUCCUCUUGCAGGCAGGAGGGACAGGAAGUUGCUAUGGUUACGCAUCUCCAUCGUUCUGAAAAGGUGGUAGAUGACCAGUAGAAACAGUUAAUGAACAAACAAAAACAACGAGAAAUACAUAUAAAUAAAUGUGUCUUUUGCGGUUUCACUUGUCUUUGUGUGUUUUCUGGCCUGUGUGAUCCCCCGCCCUGGUUUCAGCUGUCCCUCCUUAUCAUUAUCAUUUGUAUCCUGUAUGUUCGCUUGUCUAGGUGCUUUUCUUUCUCUUAUGUGUUGAGCAUCCCAGCCCAUUCUUACUAUUAUCUCUGUGCUUUUUGGUCCUUCACCUUGAUUUCUGGGCCGUUGCCUGUUUAAUGGGCAUUGAUAUACUGCUUAAUGUGUUUGCCCACAUUGUACUGUUUAUCUGGUGUUGACCGGUGGCUGCCUGAUCAUCCCAUAACAUUUACUGUACCUUUUUGAUGUUGUCCAUAAAUGAAUUGAACUGCUCCAGCUCUGCCUUGGAGUCUACAAUUUAAUCUAGUCUCUUGCUUCUCUUUGCACAACUAGUGCGCAUAUAGCAU